AUGACUGCAUCUCACCGGAGUAGGAGAGUUAUUGAGCGGGACACUGAUGUACCCAUCGUGGACGAGAUACCCCACAUAGACCGGAGUUCGAGAUCUAUGGUGGGUAGCAUUCCAUCUUUAGGGGAAGAUUCCCGUAUCCCCUACGAGGAACACGAUGAGGAGCAGGACCCUGUGGCGAGCGAUUUUGAUGAUGUUCCUGUCCCGGCUCCGCGCGCACGCAAGUCUCGGUACGAGUUCGAUACUUUCAGUGGGCCUAUUAAGGAUGAGCUGAAGCAACUCAUGGCUCCUUACGGGCAAGAUGAGUUAGAGCUACUGGAGGCAUCUGGUCUAGACUCACUCGAGCACUUCUACAUGAAAAAUGUGGACAAGGGACUCAUGCAUGCAUUUAUAGAGAGAUGGCAGCCGAAAACGAACAAUUUCCACAUGCCUUGGGGUGAGAUGACGAUCACCUUGCAUGAUGUUGCGUUUAUAUUGGGGUUGCGUGUCGAGGUCUAG